GUCAUGUCGACCUGCGCAACGCUGCCCUCUGUCGACGCUCCGUGACGGCCGCCCUCGCUCCCCGCCCCGCCCCGCCCCGCCCUGCCUGCCCUGCCACCGCCCAGCGCUGCAGCCGUCGCCGCUGCCCUCGCCCCGCGGCUCUGCACGCCCACCGCCCGCUCACGCCCUUGUCGUCGUCGUCGCCGCCCCCGCCCGCACACGGCCCAGCACAGCACGCUGCCCGCGACUGCCCCGCGCGAAUGGCCGCGCUCAAGGGCGACGCCGACCGCGCGCCGGCGAGCAAGGCUGCCGGCUCGCCCCUGGCCCGCGCCCUGCGCGACUUCGAAGCCCUCGUGCAGCGCUUCGAGACGCGGCUGCUGCGCGCCCGGGACGUCGACGGGCGCGACGACGAGGUGCGGCGCGAGGCGUGCACGCUCGCGCUCGCUGAGCUCGGCGCCAGGCACACCAAGCUCGAGAUCCGCCGCUCGCUGAGCGCGGCCGAGGCGCAGGGCCGCCGCGUCGAGCAGCUGCUCCACGCCGCCCGCGACGGCCACGACGCGGCCGCCCACGACGACGACGACCUGCGCGCCAUCCACCACGGCUACUUCCGCCUGUACUCGACCGAGCUGUUCGACCUGCUCGGCCAGCCCGUCGACCUGCGCCUCGGCACCGUGCGCUUCCACCACUGCGACCCCUCUCCGCCCCCCACCUCCCGCGCGCCCGACCAGGGCCCCGUGUCGCUCGAGCUGGCCCUGGGCUCGUCCUUCUUCGUGGCCGACGCCCUCGAGACGCUGCCCUUCCACGCCUUCAAGGUGCCCCGCACCCCCUCCCUGCAGAACCGCGGCAUCCUCAGCAGAAAGCCCGCCGACCACGGCGCCUUCCCGCCCUACGACUCGUGGCUGCUCUUCACCUUUCUCGGCCACGGCUGCCUAAAGCUCGAAGUCCCCAUCGAGAUGUGCGCCGACGUCUACGGCGCGCCCCUGGCCGGACGAGAGAACGAAGAAGUACAUUUCUGGGGCGUCUUCGUCGACGACGACGCACCCUAGCCCCUGCUUGUUGAACUCUGCCUUUUGUGCCUAGACGGUCUUGCUUACGGAGUUUGGCGCAUAGCUGGCCUGCAGGCUGCGUGCUCCUGGUUGUUCGUCUACCCAGCACCAGUCUUGGCUCUGCGACGGCUACGAUCUUACGACUUUAACGACUCUCCUUGCUUCGUUCCACUUCCUCUUCUAAUACCCGGAACUUGCCGGGCUUGUUUGCAGCCAUUCCUCCACCCAUUCAUAUCUACAUAUACUGGGUCAAGUGCCCUUGCCCUUGUUUUCUCCCCGAUUGGCUGCUUCUACUGUUCUAUGGAUGGCCGCAUGUGUUUUUAUCUACAUUGACGAUCGAAAAAGGCGCCGGUCGAAAGGCUUAGAGGAGACAGUCACACAGACCUAGGUAAAGCAUAGCUCGUAGAUGAAGCAUCCGAGAGCCGCACUCAAUGUGGUCGUAAAAG